AUGCAGGAGGUCUCCUUGGCCAACCUGGAUACUAACAAGCCAGAGGCCAUCCAGGAGAUUUCUGUAGACCUGAUAGGGGAUUCUUGUCUGGGGUUCUGCUUUGAGGUGCGCCGGGCGGUCAAGUGCGGCUACUUCUACCUGGAGUUCGCAGACACUGCUAGCGUGAAGGAGGUCGGCAUUCAGCCAGUGGAAGACAAAGGAGCAUGCCGCCUCCCGCUCUGCUCGCUGCCUGGAGAAGCCGGCAAUGGGCCUCACCAGCCACUGCAGCGCUCGCUGCCAGAAUUCCAGUAGCCGCACCGUGGGAGAGGCUGGCAGUGACCAGGACAAUAAUCCACACUGGUCUCCUGGCUUGGAGUAAGCAAAGUCAAAAGAGAGAGAGAGAGAAAAGGAAAAAAAAAAAUCAAUCAAAACUCCCAAUUUCCCUUAAAGAUCCUAGCAUUCAAAAAUCAAAAGUGGAAAAUUUCUUUUUUUCUUUUUUAAAGUUUA